AGCAUGUGAGUGACACGUGACACAGCUAUAAAUGACUAAAACCCCUAGAUACAACCUUCGCGAGUUCGCGUUCAGUAUCCGCCGCUCGUCUUCCUCUUCAGAGAAUCGCAGAAAGACCUAGCGAGAGCAGCAACAAUGGUAGCGGGCAAGAAGACGAAAAAGACACAUGAGAGCAUAAACAAUAGGCUGGCUCUGGUAAUGAAGAGUGGAAAGUACACUCUUGGUUACAAGACAGUCCUGCGCACCCUACGCGGUUCUAAAGCGAAGCUAGUACUUAUAUCUAACAACUGCCCACCACUGCGCAAAUCCGAGAUUGAGUACUAUGCCAUGCUUGCCAAAGUUGGGGUUCACCACUACAAUGGAAACAAUGUUGAUAUGGGAACAGCAUGUGGCAAGUACUUCCGUGUGUCAUGCCUAAGCAUCAUUGAUCCAGGUGAUUCCGAUAUUAUAAAGUCUCUGCCUGGUGAUCAGUGAGAGACUUGGAUGGACCAAAGCUAGUAUAACUCUCUGUUCACUUCCUGUGCGUCGAUGUCAGUCAGAAAACUCCAUUAUGUUCUCUCUUUUUUUGCCUCUAAACUACCGAGUAUUUCUAAGUUUGUGGUUCAUUAACUACAUUACUGUGGUUAUUUAGAAUGUAUUUGAAAUAUUAUCCAGCUGGUCUAUUUUUGGUUACAAUUUUUUUUAAAA